AUGAUUCUGUUUGAACCUCCCAACGGACAGGCAGUGCUGCAUACGGGUGACUUCAGAUGGCAUCCUUCCAUGGCUGCUCUGCCGUGCCUCACUGCCACGCGCAUUCACACACUCAUCCUCGACACAACCUACUGCCACCCCAAGUACGAGUUCCCUCCUCAGGAGGCGGCGCUGCAGUUUGUGGUGGAGGCCAUUCAAGCAGAGGCGUUCAACAGCAGCGCACUCUUUCUCAUUGGCACAUACACCAUCGGCAAGGAGAAAGUGUUUCUGGAAGCUGCGAAAGCACUUAAGCGGAAAGUGUAUGUGGGGGCGGUGAAGAGACGCCUGCUGGCAUGCCUAGAGCUUUCACAUGAUGACAUGGCGUGGGUGGCUGGGGAUGGCGAGGAAGUUUCCACGAACCUGCACGCCGUUCCGCUCUGGUCCAUCUCCAGCUUCAAGAGAAUUGAGCACAUUGCCAAAUUCCACAGGCAACGCUAUUCCACCAUAAUUGCAUUCUCACCAUCCGGCUGGGCGUUUGACAAGUGUAAGAAGGCUCGACCCAUCAGGCGAACACAGCGAGGCACCAUCGUGAGAUACGAAGUACCCUACAGUGAGCACAGCAGUUUUUACGAGCUUCAAGAGUGUGUGAAGGCUGUUAACCCGAAAAUCAUAAUUCCAUCUGUGCAUAAUCACGGGCAUGGAGCAGCACAAGCCAUGGUGACAUUACUGGCUGAAGGAGCAGUUUAG